UUCCGGAAAAGUGAAUCCCUACUGUCACUGGCGCUACCGCUUAGUACUGGGCCUUUCAUGAGAGGGAAGACCGUUAUCUAGUUGUUUGCAAGCGAGGAAGGAGGCGAAACAAGUUUUUAAGAAUGUAAUCGCUGUUAGGGUGAGGAGAAAGAGGAAGAGAGAGAGAAAAAACUGUUAUUUAUUGCAACACCUAGAUGGAUGUGAAAAAGGAGGAAUGUGAGGCUGACACGAAUAUCAUGGAGAAAAGGACCCCACAUGUUAAGGAGGAGGACUGUGAAAGGGAGUGUGUCCAACCUAAACAAGCAAGUCUGGACAUUAAGGAUGUGGAAUGUGAACUGGGGUCAGUGGGCAUUAAAGAAGAGGCAGAAGAAAAGUCCAUCAGCAUCGAGGUACACAAAUAUAAAAGGACUGAGAGCGUCAAGGAAGACCAACAAGAUCAAGUAGUGACCGGGUUAGUCUCUUUUCAAAGUAGGCCCCGUCCAUCACCAGAGUCUUCUAUUAAUAUGAAGUCUGAAUCAUUAGAGUCUGAUGCAAAGAGAACUGAAGAAGUUUCAUCUUUUAGAAUUCAGGAAGGAGACAAACAUCAGUGCUGUUCUCAGUGUGGCAAGCAGUUCACAUCCAAGGGAUAUCUUCGAAUACACAAAAGAAUUCACACAGGAGAGAAUUCUUAUUGCUGUUCUGAAUGUGGCAAAUGGUUUUUAAAAAGGAGUUUACUUCAGAGACACCAAAGAAUUCACACAGGAGAGAAACCUUAUUGCUGUUCAGAAUGUGGCAAGCACUUUUCACAAAAAUGGGAUCUUCAGAUCCACCAAAGAAUUCACACGGGAGAAAAACCUUAUUGCUGUUCUGCAUGUGGCAAGCGGUUUUUGCAGAGGAGCAGUCUCCAUAACCACAAAAAAAUUCACACAGGAGAGAAGCCUUAUUGCUGUUCUGAAUGUGACAAGCGGUUUUCAGGAAAGAGCCGUCUUCAGAGCCACCAGCGAAUUCAUACUGGAGAGAAGCCUUAUUGUUGUUCUGUAUGUGGCAAGUGCUUUUCGCAAGGCAGCAAUCUUUCAACCCACCAAAGAAUUCAUACGUGAGAGAAGCCAUAUUGCUUUUCUGAACGUGGAAAGUGCUUUUCGCAAAGGAGUCCACUUCAGAGUCACAAAUGAAUUAACAGUGGCCUCACCACAGUGGAACAGACCAGAGACUGCACAGGCGUACCAUGGGUGAGAAAGUAAGGACACAGUGAAGAUAAAGGCGUGACCACAUACUGCUAGUUCUACAAAACUGGUCAUGAGUUCUCAACUUAAGUAUAUCCUGGGACAGCUUAUGCAAACCUGCUGUUCAGAAAUGUAAUUUUGAUUUCCAAAUUAGAGGGAACAAAGUCAUUUAGGAAAUUUUAAGAAGAACUUGUGGACUCACCGGAUUGGUGUACAGAAAUUGAUGAUACGAGACAAGUGAUCAAGAAUAACAAAUCAUCGUAAUGGACAGAGGUGGAAAUCAGCAGAGGCCUCUCACGCCUCUCAGUUCAACACUAUACUGAUUUUCACAUAUCAGAUCAACAUGUAUUGUGAUUUUUAUUGUGAUGGUCUUAUGUAGUGUAAUUUUUUUUUGAAAUGAGAAUUUCUCUCCAAUUUGACAGUUUCAAGUCAUGAUGAGAAAUGCAACUAAAUAUAUAUUUUACA